AUGGCCCAACAGUAUCCUAAUGUGCAGCGACUCUCGGGAUUUAGACAUCUCAACCGUCUCCAGGGACCUACAAGGCCAAUACAACGGAACAACGAUGCAGAGAAACCUUCUAACAGCAGACAUGAAACCAGUUCGGCUGAAUAUCGGUCAAAUGGGAGGAUACUUGAUCGGGAGACGAUAUCUUCAUUGUACCAACGACGAUAUACUAUAGCCUCCUCGAAACAUUUGGGGAUGAUAACGUCGCCAGGACUUCGACAUCUCUCCAGCCCAGGGGCGACUGGACCAUUACAGGAUAAUAAUGAGGCUGCGGUUACACUAAAUAAUGAAAGUGAUCUGGAUAACGGGGUUGCAGAAACACCCGUAGACCAAAUGCAGUUAAUGGCUUUGGAAGCGGCAUUUGAGUUAAGGGAAGGUGAAACUAUGGAUUGGAACAACAAACAAAUGUGCAGGGUGUCACAUAGAAACUUAGUAUUGUAUAUGUAUAACAAUAUAGAUAUGGCGACAGUAAUAAAAAUAACAAACCAAGUACUUGCAGCAUACCAAACACUACCACGGAGACGAAAAGCAUCACAACGUAGACAAUAUGUACAACGCUUCCUUAGGUGUAUACGAAAACACAGACCUAUAGAAGAUCAUCCACAACUAGCACGAUGGUUAUUACGAUGUAUCGACCUACUGACCUGUGAUGAUCUAUACUCUAUGCUCAGAGUUCGACAUAUCGUCAAUUAUGAUAAUUCGUUCGAGACUUUUAGGGCAUCUUUCGGAAUGGAAAACUUUGAAACGUUCUCAAAUCUACGAACUACAAAAGUACAACAAGAUAAACUCAUAGGGGAAAAGGCACUCAAAAGUAGGACAGCACAACGAAACCUGCUGAUGCGCCAUCUCAAAAUUAACAAGUUUAGAUUCUUGAAGGAUCAAAACGUAACAAAAGCGGUAUAUGAAGCUAACAUAGAGUGGUGCGAUGCAGGAGUAGAAGCAGCAGCACUGGAACCUCAGCGCUUCGCAUUCAUAUACAAUCUCCCAUUUAUAGAGAAAGAAGAGUUAACGGAGGCGCUACACGAGGUAUUAAGCCGAUUCUCAAAAGUUAAACAUAUCGAAAUUUUGUUCGAUCGUCUCCCACCACUAACAAGCUUUGUAAAGCGUUCGGCAGUACCACGCAACGCAGCACCGCCACCAAGGGAUAAAUAUUCACCGCUAUAUGCUCUAGUUGAGUUUCAAACAGAGGAGGAUCGAGACUACCUAUGUGACGAACACAUUAGGGUGUUCGGCCUGAUUUGUUGUGGUCGUGUAGUAUACCCCGAACUAGCCGAAAGAAAACGAAGCCUACUCACAGCUAUAUACCCACCAUUCAGGAGAAUGGAUGAUGCACUGCAGUUCAUUGCUAAUACACUGGUGGAACAACCAAACGCUGGUCUCACUUCUCACGGAACCUCGGCCAGUGACAAAAAAACUACAGAAGGUAAGAAGAUGGGAAACAUGAAUGUUUUUGAAAACACCUCAGGUGUAUAUGGAACAGAUACUCUCGAUGGAAGCACUGUGUCAGAUGACUCCGUCAGUUGUUCCACCGGACAUGAACGUGAUGAGCCGUCAUUGUUGCAGGGUGAAAACGUAACCUCAGCUACAAGCCAGUGCAGAAUAUUGCCUCUGUCGAAGCGAAAAAAGGUUUCAACUGGCGCUUCUCAUGUGGUAACCGCCGACACGCAGAGCGCAAUUGGAGAUUGGCCUACAUACCCACAGCCUGAAUUGGAUAACCAUGUGGAUUCAUCUAUGCUUGACAAACUACAAAACAAAGCUGCUGCAAGUGCGAGCAUGGACCCGCAAUGGAUUGUAUUAAGGUUUUGCGAUUUUAAACAUGCCUACUUUGCACGCAAAAAAUUGAUGCAAAAAUUUGCCGAAGAACCCAGGAGCCUGGUUUCGUUCGAUACCAAACGAUCAAUUUUCCAUAACGGCAAGUAUGUAGACCUCCCGCUCUUCCAGUAUAGCACGCGCACGGAAAACGACCCGUCUGUUGCAAGAAUAACACAGAACACAGUGGAAGAUGGUAGAGGUAUAGGCUCUGUAGCUGGAGAUGUCGCUUUGGCCGGGCGACCGCCUAGAGCCGUCUUAGUUACGACGCGGGUUUACGAAUCUCUAUUAAGGCGUUCGUCUCUCCGCUUUUCAACGCACCGCUUGUUACGUGUAAGAAGGAAUGUAGAAGAUGAGCUUGCUAGAGGUCGUCUAGAUGCACAUACCCUUAGAGAGGCGAACCGUGUAGACCCCCGUCUAACUGUAAAUGCCGUAGAGUCCAACGGUUCGGGCUCGUUUCCGCGCGAUGAAGGAGUAUUACGCGAGUAUCUGAAGGCCCUGAUGCUCACAAACAACAUCGACUCACGCAGCCUCAAGGAACUGAUACCACCGAAACAGGUCACAGAAACUUCACACGCACCGACCUAUGAUGUACGCAGAGAGGAACAAACAAAGUUUGCCUACGAGCCUAACGAAAUGUACCUGAAAUCAGAUGCAAGGAACCCAGUGCACGUGGUUGUAUCUACAGCAUCAGGCAGCCGGUUUGUACGAUUCUUCAAAGGGCUACUUUCUUUCGGUUCUAUCGCAUUCUGUUUUGGCUCACUUUACGUUGUACUGAACCAAAAUAUACAUAGAGGACUCAAACACUCGUUCAAGGUUGUGGACCCAGAGGAAGUAGAUACGACAUUUGCUGAUGUAAAGGGUUGUGACGAAGUUAAAAAGGAAUUAGAUGAUAUUGUGGCUUAUCUGCGCAAUCCAGAGAAAUUCGAUAAACUUGGAGCACGAUUGCCAAAGGGAGUGCUACUGGCGGGACCACCAGGGACGGGCAAGACCCUGUUGGCUAGAGCGGUUGCGGGGGAAGCGGGUGUCCCAUUUAUACAAGCUUCAGGUUCGGAAUUUGAGGAAAUGUUCGUUGGUGUAGGUGCUAGGAGGAUACGUGAGCUUUUCGCGCUGGCCAGAACAAUGUCACCAUGCAUCGUAUUCAUAGAUGAACUUGACGCAGUGGGAUCGAAAAGGUCUGCAACCGACCAUAACAGUGUGCGCAUGACAUUGAAUCAGCUUCUAGUGGAAUUGGAUGGGUUUGCAAAACGGGAAGGUAUUGUGGUAUUAUGUGCUACCAACUUCCCUGAAUCACUAGACCCGGCACUUGUACGCCCGGGACGUUUAGACAGGACCAUACAUAUACCACUUCCAGAUUACAAUGGGCGCUAUGACAUACUGAAACUAUACAGCAAGAAGAUACUAGUUGCGCCAGACGUAGACCUCUCCACUGUGGCAAAGCGUACAGUGGGAAUGACCGGCGCCGAUAUAUUCAACAUCUUGAAUAUGGCCGCAUUGAAAUGCUCCCUCCAGGGCCUAGCUGCGGUUACGUCUUCAGCAAUAGAGGAAGCAUUCGACCGAGUGGUUGUUGGACUAAAAGGCACACCCCUUACGAGCGAACGUGAGAAGAAGGCAACUGCAUACCACGAAGGUGGUCAUACGUUGGUUAGCCUACAUACUCCGGGAGCCACACAGGUGCACAAAGCAACCAUAGCGCCUCGUGGACGCACCCUGGGAGUGACUUGGAAAAUACCCGAAGAAAAGUCGGAUACGCGAAUGUCAGAACUACAUGCGGAAAUAGCAGUAUUAAUGGGAGGUAUGGCUGCGGAAGAAGUUAUAUACGGAAAGGAGAACGUGUCUACCGGAUGCCAGAGUGACCUAGAAAAGGCAACGGAUAUAGCGCGAACGAUGGUGAUGAACUUCGGUGUGGGAUUGGAAAACGUAAAAGGACCAAUGUUCUUGGACGCAAAGGGAUAUUCCAACCUGAGCGAGGAACACCGUAGUCGUGUUGAUACCGCGGUGCAACAGAUCUUAGACAAGGGAUACCGUCAUGCCUGUAACGUGAUACGCGGUAACAUACUGCAGUUACACAACCUGUCCGAUGCGCUCGUACAGUAUGAAACAUUGAAUGCUGACGAAAUCCACCACGCAGUGCGAGGGGAGAUGCGAGAAAUUGAACACUCACAGCAAAUGCAGCAAAACGAGAUCCGCGCGCAAACCAAGCGUUACUCACAAACACAACCCGGAAACAAAGAACUACUGACGGAAACACAACAUUCCUACCGCACGUCAGCAUAA